AUGGUACGCAAACUCAAAGAGGCAGCCCCACUUGCAGAAGUGCAUCACGGUGGUGGCCACAUAACAGUAACAGCGCAGCAAUCGCGCUACGCACUCGAUGCUGUCGAUGCACCUGCAUCGAAAGAGAUACUCAUCAAAGAUCUCUCCAUCACAGUCGCCAACCGCGAACUCCUCUCACGCACAACACUCCACUUAGUAGAGGCACGCCACUAUGUGAUGGUGGGUCGGAACGGUACCGGCAAGUCGACACUCCUUAAAGCUAUUGCCGAUGGUCUGGUUCCGGGGAUACCGUGGAGUACGAGGAUUUUGCUUCUGGGUCAGACGAGGGAAGAUGACUUGGGAGAUGAUUUGAAUGCGCUGAGUCUAAGGGGUGAAACUGUUCUGCAGCAUGUUGUCCGGAGUGAUCGGGUUCGAGAGCGAUAUAUGCGAGAGGCGAAGAUGCUGAGUGAAGCAGUUGAGAACUCGAUUGAUUCCAUGGCACCGGUCCGGGUGUACAGGCGCAUUGGUCACGAGAGGCUGGCGCUGCAACUAAGAGAAGGUCACCGCAUCGCUGAGAGGAGAAGUGGUGCGCGGGGUAAGCUAGCGAGGAAAGAGCUGAUCAAGCUUGAAGAGCGAUUCCAAGAAUCCGAGCAACGGCUUCAGGAGACUGAAAUCGAGCCUAUGAAGCUCAGCGAAGAGACACAAGCAGCCGCAGAUUUGCUCGCUGGCGUGCAGGCUUCCCUCGAACUCAUGGAUGCAGAUGAGGCAGAAGCAAAAGCACGCGUCGUCUUGCUCGGCCUGGGCUUCAAAGAGGACCGUAUCGACAAGCCUGUGUCGGAGCUCUCAGGAGGAUGGAAGACCAGGUGCGAUCUAGCUUGUGCUCUCACACAGUAUUCCGACGUAUUGCUGCUAGAUGAGCCCACCAACUUCUUGGACCUGCCAUCGAUCAUCUGGCUACAGGAGUAUAUCCGCAAUCUGAAAGGCACGACUGUCUUGAUAACGACUCAUGAUCGCGACUUCGGAGACGCGGUAGCUGAGGAGCUUAUUGUCUUGCGUAACCAGGUUUUGGAAACUUUUCGCGGCAACCUCAGUUUGUACGAGCGCGAGAGAUGGAAGAAGGCCAGGUAUAUGACGAAGAUGAAGGAAGCGCAGGACAAGCAGAAGAAACACAUUGAAAAGACGAUUGCGGGCAACAUCAAGGCAGCGAAAGACAAGGGAGACGACAAGAAAUUGAAGCAGGCUGCAUCCAGGAAGAAGAAGCUCGACGAUAGAAUGGGAUUGCAAGUCGGUCUGAAAGGUGGUCGCUUCAAACUGAACCGGGAUCUCGCAGGCUACCAUACGUCGCGUCGAGCGGAGAUUGAGAUACCAGAUUUUGAUCCACCAGUGAAUCUCUCGUUCCCGCACCAGCCACCCGAAUUGAAGUUUCCUGGCGCAUUAGUAAGCCUAGAGAAGGUGUCAUUUGCGUACCCUGGAAGAAAGAAAUUGCCCAUCUUGACAGACGUCAGUCUGACCAUACACCCGGGGGCAAGAAUAGGGUUGGCGGGCCUCAAUGGCUCAGGCAAGACAACGCUGGUUUCCCUGAUAAUGGGGGGUGAUGAAGAAGGCGGCCUUGCACCCACUUCUGGCACGAUCGCGCGACAUGCGAGAGUGAAGAUCGGUCGCUUCUCGCAGCAAUCUGUCGAAGAGAUCACUGCCCUGGCGUCUUCCAGCCCUCGGAUGACGGCGCUUCGGCACAUAAUGGACUGCAUUGGAGAUGGCGCACAGGAGAAGGAUGCGCGGGCAGUUUUAGGCGGGCUGGGACUUCAUGGUCCGACUGUGUCGGAUGUCCCGCUCGUGCUCUUGUCGGGAGGGCAAAAAGUCAGGGUCGCGCUUGCCAAGCUUCUAUGGCCACCGCCGCAGCUGCUCAUUCUGGACGAGGUGACAACCCAUCUAGACGCAGACACCAUCCUCGGUCUUGUGAUGGCCUUGAAGGAGUAUGAUGGUGCGCUGCUCGUGGUAACACACGACAGAUUCUUCAUGAGGACCGUAGUGGAAGGGCAGUCGCCGUACAAGCUAGCGCCAGGGGUUCACGCGGUGUCCGAGGACGAGGCUGACGAAAGCAGCGAGUCGGAAGAUGAGGAGGCAGGGCUAGCUCCGGGGAGCGUUUUUCGGCUGACUAGAGGGCAGCUUAAGAAGCUUGACCUGGGCAUGGACGAGUACGAGGACAUUGCGGCGCGGACUGCGGCGAAGCUGGCUCGAGCGAAGCGGUAA